AUGCUGAGGGAAUUGCUGGAUAAACAUGCUCCGUUACAAACAUGUGUUAUUGUGGAACAGCCGGCAGUCCCUUGGUACAAGAAUAUCGCUGAUGCGAAACGAAAGCGGCGACAGCUUGAACGACGAUGGAGGCGGACCAAGGCUUUAGUUUAUAAAGAAAUCUUCAGAAAGCACAGAAAUCGAGUCAAGGAAUUGUUUGCUGAAGCUAAAGCCGACUUCUACAAUGAACUCAUAGUUGAUUGUGGAAAUGACCAGAAGGCACUCUACGCCAUCAUCAACAAGCUCCUACACCGGAAGACUGAAUCAACUACGGCACUUCCACAUCUAGCCUCUAAAUUCUCAAGGUAUUUCAUUGGUAAGAUUGAGUCUAUUAGAUGCAACCUGCAGUCAGAUAUGUCUUCAAGUGAUGGAGUAGAGUUAGACAACGAAAUAACCUCCUCUGGCAGUGAGCGUCUGAAUACACUCGCGCCCACAAGUCCGCUAGAGGUACAUAUAGUCAUUCGAAGGACCCCUGCUAAGUCAUGCUCCCUGUAUCCGAUUCCUACCUCAGUUGUGAAGGAAAAUGAUGAGUUGAUGGCCAAGCUUAUCUCAAGGAUAGUCAAUGCUUCUCUUAACCAAGGGAAGUUUUCGGAGGAGCUGAAACUUGCUCAUGUUACUCCUGUACUGAAGAAGUCAUCCCUUGAUCGUGAUGAGAUGAGCAGUUAUCGGUCCAUAUCUAACCUGCCUUUCCUCGUCAAAGUUCUCGAGAAAGUAGUCGCCAAAAGACUGACAUCACACCUUCAGGAAUAUGACCUUCAUGAGACCAUGCAGUCUUCGUACAAGAGGCUUCACAGCGUGGAGACUGCUCUUCUAAAAAUAUAUAAUGACAUCCUGAGGGCAGUCGACAACAAGAAAGCAGAUAUGGUAAUUAUUUUAGACUUAUCUGCCGCAUUUGAUACGAUUGAUCACACAGUCCUUCUCCAGAGGCUGCAACGGGACUUGAAGGUCGAUGACACUGCACUGGAAUGGUUCAGGUCAUAUCUUCACUGCAGACGACAGGCUGUAACAUCAAUGGAACUGUGUCGGAUGAAGCUUCCUUGA